AUGGCUGGUGCAGAACACAGCGACUCAGGCUCACACGAUGGGGCCGUGGCAGACCACCACACCACAUCGAGCACCACGGAGACCGAGAACGAGAAGCACAAUGAGCUAGCACACGACGACCCGGACCGGGAAAAGAAAAUCGAAGCAGCCCUAGCAGAAGGCCACGACGCAGACAUCCCCUCUAAUAUCGGCUACCUGCUUGACGAGCGGGGCGAGCUGAAGAGGCAGCGCUCCAUCGCCGAGCAGGCGAACCUCGCGCUGGCCAAGAGCAGGAGCAACGCGUCCCACCACACCGGCACCGGCGACCUCGAGAAGGGCGUCACUCCAGACGGCGAGGGCAAGGAUGCCCAUGCGGCCGUCGAGGGCGAGAGUGACCCGAACAUUGUCUGGUGGGACGGGCCCGACGACCCGGAGAACCCAAUGAACUGGCCCAGCUGGCGCAAGGUGCUCACCUGCACCAUCAUCUCGUUCCUGACUUUCGUCACGCCGCUCGCGUCCUCCAUCUUUGCGCCCGGGAUCCCGGACCUCAUGGCCGAUUUCAAAUCCGACAGCAAAUUGCUGGCCUCUUUCGUCGUGUCCGUCUAUGUCCUGGGCUUUGCCUUGGGACCGUUGGUUAUGGCACCUAUGAGUGAGCUUUAUGGGAGGAGCAUAGUGUAUCAUGUCAGCAACGUGGGCUUCGUCGCCUUCCUGGUCGCCUGCGCGCUUGCCCCAGAUCUGAACAGCCUUGUCGUCUUCCGGUUUUUCUGCGGCUGCUUCGGCGCCAGCCCACUGACCAACGGCGGCGGCUCCAUCGCGGACAUAAUCCGACAGGAAAAGCGAGGCAGCGCCAUGGCCGCGUUCAGUAUCGGCCCCCUUCUCGGCCCCAUCAUCGGCCCCGUCGCGGGCGGCUUCUUGACUGAGGCUAAAGGCUGGCGUUGGAUCUUCUGGGUGCUGGCCAUGGUUGCUGGCGCGGUGACGGUGGCCAUGCUCCUACUUAUGCGCGAGACAUAUGCCCCCGUGAUCUUGCAGAGGAGGACCAAGAAGUUACGCAAGGAGACGGGCAACGAGCUGCUGCGGUCGAAGCUCGACAUCGGGUUGUCCCCGCGGGACCAUUUCAACCGCGGUAUCAUUAGGCCGUUGAAGAUGCUCAUCCGGUCACCUAUUGUUGCUCUCUUGGCGAUGUACAUCGCCGUGGUCUAUGGGUAUCUUUACUUGUUGUUCACGUCCAUGACGCAAGUCUUCCAGGAGACGUACCACUUUAGCACCAGCAUCACCGGCCUGGUCUUCCUUGGAAUGGGUGUUGGUUCUAUGUCAGGGCUGGCCUAUUUCUCGGCUACUUCCGAUCGCUAUAUUCAGAAGAUGUCGAAGAUAGAAGGCAAGGGGAUGAAGCCAGAAUAUCGUCUGAAACAGUUGCCAGUUGGUACUUUCUUGCUCCCAGGUGGCUUCUUCAUCUAUGGAUGGACGGCGCAAUAUCACGUCCACUGGAUCGUUCCUAUAAUAGGGACUAGUAUUAUCGGGAUGGGCAAUAUCAUCAUUUUCAUGAGCUUACAGCUAUAUCUUGUCGAUGCUUUCACCGUGUUCGCCGCCAGCUCACUCGCCGCCAACACCGUGGUCCGUUCCGUAGCAGGUGCCGUACUGCCGUUGGCGGGACUGUCCAUGUACGACGCUCUUGGUUUGGGAUGGGGCAACAGCCUGCUGGGUUUCAUUGCCUUGACGCUGGCUCCACUGCCAUUCUGGAUCAUGGCCAAGGGAGAGUGGCUGAGGACAAAGUAUGCUCUCAAAGAUUUGUAG